AUGUAUAAGCCUGUUGCUGACUUAACUUGUAAGGGAUUUAAGACCCUCCUCUACCUCAGGAGUAUUGAAGAACUUCACAACUGGGAUGGACAGAGUCCCCCUACUGAACCCCAUCAACUGGGAAAACCUGUACUGAAGGUCAAAGAUAUUAUUGGAGAGAGUCUCCCAUCAUUUGGACCAUAUUUGGCCAAGAGAGAGGCACUGAAAGAUGAGAUUUGCCAGAAGAAAGAUCUGCUGAGUGAAGAGAAUAUGCCAGAAGUCCAGAGACCUCCUAAUGCUCCAAAGAAACCUAUACCCAGUGUUAAGGAUGUGAUUGGUCUGGCUUUGUCCAGGAUUGGAACUUAUGGAGACCUAAACAACAAGGAACAAGUGGUGGCCUUAAUUGAUGAGGAGAUGUGCAUUAACUGUGGAAAGUGUUAUAUGACUUGUAAUGACUCUGGAUACCAGGCCAUCAAGUUUGAUCCUCAGACCCAUCUUCCCACAGUCACAGAUGAUUGCACAGGCUGCACUCUGUGUCUGUCUGUGUGUCCAAUUAUUGACUGCAUCACCAUGGUACCCAGGACAACCCCUUACAUACCAAAGCGGGGCAUACCACUGAACACAGGGACAAACCUAAUGCCAGGAGUCACCUUGGAGACCAAUUGAACAAACCUAUUCAAAGGAAAAUUUGAAGAGUUUGGCUCACAUUUAUAUAAGAUGUGCUAGUUGAUAGAGAAUUAAAAAUUGUGGAUAAGUCUAGUCUAUAAUUAACUCUGUAAUCAGUAAGUGAAUCUAGGUUGU